AGCGCCGACACCAAAGAUUCCAUGCAUCAUCACUCCUCAAAAUCGAAACUUUUAACCUACCUACCUACAAAUCAUACGCUGCUUUCGCAAGUUUCAUAGCCCAAUAUGUCUUCACAAGAUCAGUCGGAGAAAGACCCAUGGAAUAAAGAUACGAAACAGAAGUUCCAGAAUAAACCCAAUAGCGAAUUCUUCGACCCUUGUCAAGAGGCCGCAGCGAAGAGUAUCCGAUGUCUGAAUCGGAAUGGAGGAGAUAGAAAAAUGUGUACCGACUACUUCGAGGCAUACCGUGCUUGCAAAAAGGAAUGGACUGAAAAGCGGAAGAGGGAAGGUGGCAGCAUAUUCUGGAGUUGAUGUUGGGACCACUAGAGAGACCUCUUAUGGGAGGAGGUUGAGUCGAAGCAGCGGGGCUUUACCUACACGGUUUUUUCGGAUGAUUUACUUACUUGAGGUACCUCUCACCUAGGUAAGGUACCUAGGUAGGUAGGGAAGAGCUGUAAUAACAAUUGUAAAAUAAAGGGGUUACCUUAUCUACCUUUUAUUAUAGGUGGAAAAGAGGUGCAACUACCUAUUGUAUAAAAAUGCAUCUGCUAUUCAGAUAGAUAUAUGUCAAUUACUAGGUACCUAAUCUCCUGUUCCUAAAAAUCCGAGGUUCAAUGGAUUGGGAUGAUCCUCUAUCAGGUUACCUAGAUAGGUACAUAUAUUAUAGCGCAAGACGCCCUGGCUAUAGGCCUAUACUUACAUCUGCUACAGGUGAAACGGGUUGUCACGACG